AUGAAAAAAUUUAAAAAUAAUAAAAUAUUGGUUAUUGGAAAAGAUGAGUAUCCAAUAUUCUCCACUAUUCCAACAUCACAUUUACAAACUCGUUUAGAAGCCGAAAUGAUAUUUAAUUAUUUGUUGUCAUCAUUAUCAGCAAAACAAAUACUUUUAAUUGAGAACAAAUCAAGUUUUGAUAGUUUAUUAAAGAUUUAUAAAGAAAUAAUACCAAAACAUCAAGUGGAGUUAAGUAGUUGGAUAUUUUUACAUAUGUUAAAUGCUUGUUACAAAUAUAAUCGAUUCUCUUUGGCAUGGGAUGUCUGGAACGAUUUUCUUGGAUGGUCACGGGAAGAAAGCGAGAGAAUCUUUAAAGAUUUUAAAAACGUUUACCAACAAAAAAUGGAAUUUGAAAGAAUUGGUCUUACUGAGGAAUUAGAAAGCAACAAUAUUCAUAGUAGUAUGAAAUUAAUAAAAAAUUUAUCAAAUAAACAUAAACCAAAACUAAAAGACUUUAGAUUAUUGUUAACCAGAAUUAAAGAAUCAGAUGAAUUAGGUGAUGAAACUGCAAAAAGGUAUAAAAGAGAAGUGAUUACAUUAUGUAACAUUAAUGAUAAAGAAAAUCGAUCAAAUAUAUCUACAACUGGGAAUGUGAUGUGA